AUGGUUACUGCUCGUGCAAAUCGUUCUUCCUCUUCGCCACCAUCGCAAACAUUGUGUAUCUGUUUACCGCAAACGCUGUACAUCACGAUACCACAAAAUGCACACAGUCCUGGACCUAAAGAUGAUCGAGUCUCUCCAUCACAUUCGAUUCGGAUUGCUUCAUCACAAUUGUCUCGAAUUUCUCCAACACAAUCAACUCAUAUCAGUACAUCAGAAGUAACUCACAUAUCUUCAUCACAGACACCGAUCAAUUCGGGAAUGCAAGCAGUGUACAUCACUCUAGCACCACCAUCGGACCUUCCUCGGCCAAAAUCAGUUCGUACUCCAACACUACAAACAGGUCGCAAGUCCACACUGCAAACAGGUCGUAGCCCUACACCACGAACAGGUCGUAGUCCUACACCACAAACAGGUCGUAGCCCUACAUCAGAAACAGGUCGUAGCCCUACGCCACAUAAAUCCCAUACCCCUUUAUCACAGACAGGUCAUAGUGAUACACAUACCCCUUCACCACCAACAGUUCAUAGUGAUGCAUCGCCCAAAGAGCGUACCCCUACACCACAAACAGUUCAUACUCAUACAUCUCAGAAAGA